AAACCGCUACUGCUACAACCAGAAAAACCACUGAGGCUUGCAUCCCGGACUAUUUUCCUUUGAAGAAGUUGAAACAAGGGACUCCUUUCUAAUUUGGACAUGGCUAAUCGAGGAGCAACAAGGCCCAAUGGGCCAAAUGCUGCAAAUAAAAUAUGCCAGUUCAAACUAGUACUACUGGGAGAGUCUGCAGUUGGCAAAUCAAGUUUGGUGCUCCGUUUUGUAAAGGGCCAGUUUCACGAGUUUCAAGAGAGUACUAUUGGAGCUGCUUUUCUAACCCAGACUGUAUGUCUUGAUGACACAACAGUAAAAUUUGAAAUUUGGGAUACAGCCGGUCAAGAACGAUAUCACAGUUUAGCACCAAUGUACUACAGAGGAGCACAAGCAGCAAUAGUUGUAUAUGACAUUACAAAUGAGGAGUCGUUUGCAAGAGCGAAGAAUUGGGUCAAAGAAUUGCAGCGGCAAGCAAGUCCUAAUAUUGUAAUAGCUUUAGCAGGAAAUAAAGCUGACCUAGCUAACAAAAGAGCUGUGGAUUUCCAGGAAGCACAGGCUUAUGCAGAUGACAACAGCUUAUUGUUCAUGGAGACAUCUGCUAAAACAUCUAUGAAUGUAAAUGAAAUAUUCAUGGCAAUUGCUAAAAAAUUGCCAAAGAAUGAACCACAAAAUGCAGGAGCCAACUCUGCCAGAGGAAGAGGAGUAGAUCUUACUGAACCCACACAACCAACCAAGAGUCAAUGUUGUAGUAACUAAACCUUCAGUUGCUUUAAACCGUCUCAAAUAUUCUUCUGCUUCCUAACUGUUAAUAACAAUGGAAUUGGAGUGUUUAACCCUGUCCAAUACAACUUCCAAAACAAAGAAGAGACUUAUGACAUAGUCAAGUUUCUAAUACAGAGUUUUGUUUUGACCUUAAUUUUUAACAUGCAUGUAUCACUGGCUGUAAUGUUUCAGCAAUAGAGGUGGGGGAAAAGGAAGCUGAAUAAACUUGUUUCAGUUGCAAGAUUUUUAAAAUAUCACUUGCCAUUAGGGAUAAAGAAGAACUGCUUUUAUUGACCUAAUCAACUAGUUUCUCCACAUCCAGGUAUUGAUGGUUAUUAUUAUAUAAUGAAUAGAAUUGGAACUCUUCAAACUUAUUUGUGCUUUAAAAAAAACUUUCUAGAAACAGGGUCUAAAGUUACUUUAAGCUUAUUCACAGUAUUCAUGCAGCCAGUUGCUUUGGUAGAUAUCUCCUGGUUAAUUAUACAUUCCACGUUUUAAUAAUUUAACUACAAACAAUACUGGCAGCAUUAACAAGUCUAAGAUUCUCAUGCUUGCAGAAAACCAGAUUUUGAGUUGUUACACUGUAUGUAAAUUAUAGUCUAUCCAGUUAUUUAAAGGAAAAUAGUGGUAAAUCAAGUUCAACUCCAUUUUUAUCUGUUUAGAAGAGACAAACCAAUGAAUCAGCUUCACAGAACUAGGAUUUUUUUCUACAAACCAUAAGAGCUCUCCAAGUAAAACCAAGACAAACUAGGUGUCUGUGAUUUCUUUCUUGUUUUUGAUCAUUGCUGGCCAUUGCAGUUUGUUUUUCCCUUAAGGAAAGAAACCUAGUUGGUGCACUAACAAUCAUGUACAUUCAACUUGAUUUUAAAUUUGGAUAUUAAUGUACUGUAAAUAGGGUACUCUGCAUUGUAGUCUACAUUUGUUUAAUACUUUCUGUAAUAUUUAAGAGUUGCUUAAAAGUAUACAAAUGUACAGUUACUUAAAGCUAACGUUUUGUCCCUAAUCUAAGGGGGUUCUAAGUUCUUCCUUUAUGGCCAGAACAGUAAUAAAUGAUGCUCUUGUACCUGUAACAUAAGUACUGCUGUCUGUCAGUAAUGAACUUUGCAACUUUUGUUUUCCAAAGUCCAUUUUAUUUUGAUCUGUCCAGUAUAUUGCACUAAUUCUUUUAGUUUAUUUUCAUUAUAUGAAAUCUACCAAGUGUGUCUGAAGAGAUAGUCUAUUUAAAUGUUGAUCUGGUAGCAGAAAUUUACCUGUGCAGAUUGUAAAUUUGGGCUUAGCAAGGAAAAUGACAGUUCACCAGUGUUUAGUUUUAUAUUGAGGUGCUCAGGUUUGAAUAAAGUGGUAUAAAACAGGAAA